AUCAGCCCACUGAGGCCUCAGAGACCAAAGAGUCAGGUGUUGAACCUGUUGAGUGGAGACCGCCGUCUCUCUGUGUCCCCCGGACCCCCCCAGCCCCAUUCCUCCCCGGGCCCCCCACCCAUCACCCCCAGGAACAAACUGUCCUUCAGCCUGCUCACCGUCUCCAGUCUGGAGCUGAACGGGAUGGGGGUUGAUAAAGGAGAGACUCCUCCUCCCCUGCCCGUGAAGGGCAUCUCUGCUGAUUAUGGGAAUCUGCUAGGAGAUAAUGAAGACUUGACGAGUCCCUCCACCCCUCCCCUGACACACCAUCAAAGGCAUUUGCCACCUCCUCUUCCCAGCAAGACCCCUCCUCCUCCUCCCCCUAAGACCACCAGGAAACAAGCCUCCAUCGAUUCAGGAAUUGUACAAUAAACAAUGACCUUAAGACACCCGAUUUAAAACACACAAGGUUCUUUCCCCUCUGCAAUCACCCCCCCCCCCCCCCCCCCUAGUGGACUACUUUUCACCAUCGGCUUCUGG